GCAAAUUUCCAGGCUGCGUCCUGGAUUAAGCAAGACGUUUUUGCUAGGAAAAGCAGCUGGCAAACGGGGCAAGGGAGGGGCGGGCCGGGGGCGGAACUUUUCUAUCGCGGCUCCUGCAAGACCCCGCCCGGUCCCAUUAGGCAGCAGCACCAUUAACAGAAUGGCAGCCACAAGAGGAGUCCCGCGGGCGAUCUGGCGGUUCCAGGUUUGGAAAGGAAACUCUUCCGGCGCUGUGGUUUCGUUCCUCGGUCCUCAGAGAUUUCUAAGCACCUCAUUCAAGGCCUCUGAUCUCCAGACGGAACUGACCAGCCGUCCGAAACCCAAGCCAGACUCCGGGAGCUUGGUCUUUGGCAAAAACUUCACCGAUCACAUGCUCACCGUGGAAUGGUCGCAGGAAAACGGCUGGAGGGAACCUCAAGUCAGGCCCUUCCAAAACCUCGUUAUGCACCCGGCCUCCUCCGCCUUGCACUACUCUGUGCAGCUCUUUGAGGGGAUGAAGGCUUUCCGGGGCCCAGAUAAGCAGAUCCGUCUUUUCCGUCCCAUGCUGAACAUGGAGCGCAUGUUGCGUACCGCUCUCCGCACCUGCUUGCCCCCGUUCGACAAGUCCGAACUACUCGAAUGCAUCCGGCAGCUCAUCCGGGUGGACCAAGACUGGGUCCCCCACUCAGACUCCGCCAGCCUCUACAUCCGCCCCACCUUCAUCGGCACCGAGCCCUCCUUGGGGGUGGCCAAGCCGUCCCACGCUCUGCUGUUCGUGAUCCUGGGGCCCGUGGGCCCAUAUUUCGCCACGGGCAGCUUCAACCCCGUCUCUCUCCUGGCAGAUCCCCGCUAUAUCCGGGCCUGGAUGGGCGGGGUCGGUGACUACAAGAUUGGCGGCAAUUAUGGUCCCACCAUUUACGUGCAGAAUGAGGCCAGCAAACAGGACUGCCAGCAGGUCCUGUGGCUCUACGGGGACGACCACCAGCUGACGGAAGUCGGGACGAUGAACAUCUUCAUGUUCUGGAAGAACCAGCAGGGAGAUAUGGAGCUAGUCACCCCUCCUCUGAAUGGGAUCAUCUUGCCCGGCGUGACUCGACAGAGCCUUCUAGAUCUUGCACGCAAAUGGGGGGAAUUCAGAGUUUCGGAGAAGGUCAUCACAAUGGCUGAACUCAUCAGAGGCCUGGAGGAGAACAGGGUCAAGGAGGUGUUUGGCUCCGGCACGGCCUGCGUCGUCUGUCCCGUGAACCGAAUCUUCUACCAGAACAAAUAUUACCACAUCCCCACCAUGGAAAACGGACCGGACCUCUCGAAACGGUUUCUGAAGGAACUGACAGAUAUUCAGUACGGCCGCGUUGCCAGUGACUGGGCCCAGCCCAUCUGACCCAGGUUGAGCAGCUCCUGCCAGACGCCUCUUCUUUUCUUCUUCCGGCCUCUCUGUUAUCUGGGCUCUAUUUAUAACACACUUCUAUACGUUUGUUUCAUCUGCCUUGCACCUCUUUGGAGUCUGGACCGGUUGGCUGCUUUUUUAAAGAACCGCGAUUUGUCGCGUGACACAAGGAGGCCGGUGGUGGUUCUGAAACACUCCGCGUCAGAGAGAUCCAGGGUUUUGAAGGACUCCGGGGUCAGCCUUUGUUCGAGGGAAAGGAGGGUUUGGACUGAAACCGUCUCUUGUUUUUGCUCUUCUGUUGGGUCCCGAAUCCUGCCGCUUCCUUCUUUACGAGUGCAAUAUGGAGACAGCGAGAGAGGAUGUGUGCAUUUUGGAAAUCUCUAAACACCCCCAUGCCUACAACAGCACCGAGACGUAUUUAGGCGCGUUCAAUCUAAACAAAAUGGUUCUUCGCAAUUUCCCGCUUGGGUGCCAGAACGUUUGGUGCUAGAAUUUGAAUGUCUCUACCUCUUUCCUAAUUUCCAAGGGCCCUGAAUUUUGCCGUUAAGAAUUCAAGGCGGGUCUGCCAAAUUUCUAACUCUGAAUUUUCAGAAAUCCAACCUUACUCUUUAAAGUUUUUGUUUCAGUA